UUGGAGCGCGGCGUUUCCACCCGGUCGGCUUUUGCAGCGACACCGGCUCCUGCUGCGGGUGGAGGGACGGACGGACAGAGACAGACGGGACCCCCCCCCGACCCCCCCCACGCCGGGGCCGUCACAGGGCGCCAGAGCCCGCAGGGGGCGGCACAUGGCCCCGGGGCGCAGGGGGGCGCCGGGCGCGUAGAGCCUGGACCGGUGCCGCCCCCCCCCACGCCUGGACCGGAUCGGACCGGUGCCGCCCCCCCAGCCUGGACCGGACCUGUAUCGCCCCCACAGCCGGGACCGGACCUGUGCCGCUCACCCCCAGGCGGUUCCGGAUCGGUUCCGUCCCCCUCAGUCUGGACCGGACCGGUACCACCAAAUCCAGCCGGGUUUGGACCGGUACCGCCCCCAGCCUGGACCGGACCUGUGCCGCCCCCCCCAGGUGGAUCCCUCCCCGGGCCCGGCUCGGAGCCGGCCCCAGCGCUACCAUGAGCUGAGGGCACCGUGCCCGGCGCUGGCCCGGCCGGCCAUGUGGGCACCAGAGCCGCGAUGAGCCCGGGGACGGGACACUGGGCACAGGUACCUGGGAAGACGCUCUGAACAGGUCCCGCCAGCGGGGGGCGCCGCCCGCCCCAUGGAUCUCCAUCCCUUCGGCCCGCGCCCCCCCAGGGACGGAACCGCUGACCCCCGGCACCAGCCCCCGGCCCGGGAGGAGCCAUCCGGGCGCCGGCUCAAACUGGAGGAGGACGAGGAGGCUGGGCGGCCGCGGGCCCCCCGGGCCCCACCCUGGCCCCCUGGCCCUGGGGAGGCUGGGCCGGAGCAGGGCGAGGCCGCGCGCUACGGCCGCUACCUGCUGAUCGACAGCCAGGGGCUGCCCUACACGGUGCUGGUGGAGGAGGCGGGCGCGGCGGGCGAGCGAGCGGGGCUGCGGAAGGUGUACUGCUGCCCCGUGUGCUCCCGCACCUUCGAGUACCUUUCCUAUCUGCAGCGGCACAGCAUCACCCACUCGGAGCACAAGCCCCACGUCUGCCGGGCCUGCGGCAAGGCCUUCAAGCGCACGUCCCACCUGGAGCGGCACAAGUACACCCACGCCGGGCGCAAGCCCCACCAGUGCCCCAUCUGCCAGCGCAGCUUCCGCGACGCCGGCGAGCUGGCCCACCACCAGCGCGUGCACACAGGCGAGCGCCCCUUCCAGUGCGAGGACUGCCACAUGCGCUUUGGCGAGCGCAACACACUCCAGCGGCACAUCCGGCGCAAGCACCGCCAGCAGCCGCCCACGCCCUGACGGGCACGGGGAGCCCCGGAGCCGGACCGGCGCCGACCUGAUGGGCACGGGGAGCCCCGGAGCCGGACUGGCAACUCCCCAUGGGUUAGCCAUGUAGCAACCCUUGUCCCCACAUGGGUCUACUGUACCCCCACACCCUGUCUAGGGGAGGGAGGCGUGCCCUGUAUCCCUGUGGGCAGCCCCCCGUGCCCUAGCCCAAGGCAUUGGCCUCCUCACAGAUGCCCCCCACGGCGCCCCAUGACAGGCUGCCCCUCGCAGAUAGGGCAGGGCAGCUUGGAUCAGGUCAAUCCGAGCCCAUGUGGGUCCUGGAGCACUCGGGUAAAUACGGGACUUAUCGGUGGUAAUUCACUAGGGGGCAGGGAAUGGGGCAUAAGGCCUUUCCCCUCUAGGGGGCGCUGGCUCCCAUCCAGCCCCAGGGCAGGGACUGGCUGGCUCAGGGGGCAGGGAAUGGGGCCCAGGGCCUUUCCCCUCUAGGGGGCUUCAGCUCCCAUCUGGCCCCAGGGCAGGGACUGGCUGGCUCAGAGGGGCAGGGAAUGUGGCAUGGGGCCUGUCCCCUCUAGGGACAGAUAGCUUAGUCCUACAGCCAGUGGUUGGGGGGAGGAGGGGGGUUGUCCUGGCCACCCCCAUAGAGUGUCGCGGUGACUCUACAUUCCCUAGAAAUAGUCUCAUAUUGCUCCUGAUGGCCCAUCUACCCAGUAUCCGGCCCUCUCCUGCUCCCUGGAGCAGCCCCACUGGCCUAUCUAACCUGGUAUUCCACCCCCUCCCUGCCCCCGGAUCAGUCCCAGAGGCCCAUCUGCCCUGGUAUCCUGCCUCAAACAGCGACCAACGGCUGAGGACCAUCACGGAAGGCCCACCAUGCACUGGGACCAAUCUUCACAUUGUGUUUUUCGGUCUGGCGCCCCCAAAUAGCUGCAGGUGGAGGCAGGGGAGUGGGACGCCCCCCCAAGGACUCCCCACCUCCCAAUCGCCCCGGAGAAGGAAAUCCAACGACAGAACUGGACCCACAGGCCAUCAAGCCCAGAUCACUCCAAGGUGCCCGGCCUGGCCACCUGCUCCCUCUCCACAGCUCCGAUUUACGGUGGAAUCUUCGUUAUCUUGGUUUUUUAAUUAUUAUUAUUAAUUAAAACACUUUUUUUUGGUUGUU